AAGGCUUCUUCGCAGCAUCCAAGCUUUGUUGAAGGCUGGGAGGGCUCAGGACAGGCAAGAUUUGCAGGCUCCAAUGGAGGGCUUUGACCAGAAACGCUAUCGCGGCGGCGGCACGGCGGGUGGCGGCAAGAAGGGCGGAUACGGAGGACUCACAUACGUCAAGCAAGGUGAGAGGACAGCAAGCAUGACGCUCAUGAGACCGAAGACAGUUCACUCGUCUGUCUGCUUGUCUGGUUCUCUGUGUGUCUGCAGUUCCCAAAUUCCUGCAGAAGUACUAUGACCAGCACCCAGAGCUUGCCGUGAGCGAGAAGCAUCAGAAGACCGUCUCACAGAGGACGCCAAAUGAGUCGCGCGAGGAGGAAAUGGCGCACAUGCUCAAGGUACCGCUGACGCGCCAGGCUGCAACCGGAUGCUGUGGAGGACACUGGCCAGAUGGUCCCGCCUCUUUGUGUGUGUCAGGAUCUCGAGUCGGCCCAGAUUGUCGACAGCAGCGUCACCCUCGACGACCUCAAGAAGCAGCACGCCCUGCAGUCACACAAGGACGCACGAGCCCACCAGACAUGCGACGUCAAGUCACUCGAGGCCGAGGGCAAGUUCGUCUUCAAGAAACCAACCGCCGCCAGCUCGCGACCAGACAAGGACCACCAUCCGUCAGCGCGCCGAGGGAGGGCAGAGAGGGAUCAUCCGUCGUCGCGCGGCGGCAGAAGUGAGGAGCCGUCAAGGCACCGCGGUCGGAGCCGAAGUCGGAGCCGCAGCAGAGAGCGGUUCAGGGAGACCUCGCGCGAGCGAGACGACCGUAGAUGGAGGGAAGACAGUGAGAGGGAGAGGGGUAGGGGGGAUGACGACAGGGGGCGGUCGGGGAGGGGUAGGGUAGAUAAGGACAGAGCCAGCGAGGCGAAGGAGGGGAGGAAGGGGGCAGCGAAGAAUCUGCUGUCUUUUGAUGACGACUAGACAGUCGCGACAGCCGUGCUGUGUGUGAAUGCCACGCUGCGUUCCACCUGAGGACAUUGAUGUCUCUUCCGAGUGGGAGUGCGGUCGCAGCUACCGACGUAAUGGCACCGCUUUGCCGCGCGGGCGGGAUGUUGAUGUCCUCGAUGAAGAGCGCAUCCAUGUAUGCUCGAUGGAUGAAUGGACUAUGGAGAGAGGCAUGUGGGUGGAUGGAGAGAUGUGGUGGUGUUGUGAAAACAUGCUGGAUUGAUGUAUGUUGUCGUUCGGUGACGACGAGUCAGCUGCAUGGAAGGGUGUUGUGGGCAGCUGCUGUGACACUGAUGCUGUUGACUUGACCAAUGAUGCAAGAGUGAGAGUUCCGUUCCACACGUGUGUUGACAUAUGAUGCUGCUGGUCCGUCCGUCGUCCAGCCAUGGCCGCAGUGUGUGGUGC